AUGCCCAGUGUCACGCGGCUACAAAUUACACCCCUCGGUGAGACUUUUGCCGCUGAAGUCGAAGGCAUUGACUUCUCCAAACCGGUCGACGAUGGCCUUUUUGAGGAGCUGAGGGAUGCUGUCCACAAGUACGGCGUGAUAAUUCUUCGCAAAACGGCACUAGAUGAUGACUCCGCCAUUGCUCUUGGUCGGCGAUUUGGAGAGCUCGACAGCGUCAGAGCUCACCGGCUGGCAGGGAGGGCAAUGAGGAUCCCCAACGACGAGAUUUUCGACGUCGGUAACCUGGACGACAAGAACCAGGUCGUGACAGUCAAGGAUCCUCACCGUACUGCGUCUGCCAAUGGCAACGCACUGUGGCACGCAGAUGGCGCUUUCAAUCCACGCCGCACAGGUGUCUCCAUCCUUCGGGGUGUCGAACUUCCUCCCAAAGGUACUGGAGGCCACACCGAGUACUUGGACAGUCGGACUGCGUACGACGACCUGCCGGAGGAAAAGAAAAAGGAAAUUGAGGGUCUCGUGGGCUGCAACUCGUUGUUCCACAACCGAAAGACGGCGAAUCCAGACUCGCCCCUUUUCCUUCACAUCAAUCCGAUGGAACACCCUCUAGCGAAGCACAAGAUUGCUCAACUGCAUGAACAGUCAGGUCGCAUGAAUCUCUAUGUCACGUCGUACACCCACCAUAUCGAUGGCAUGGACCUUGAAAAGGGGCAAAAAUUGAUCAAGGAGAUCUUUGAGCACGUCCAGCAAGACAAGUACAAGUUCACGCACCAUUGGCAGGACAACAACGAUGUGGCCAUAUGGGACAACUGCGCGGUGCUGCAUAGGGCGACGCAUGGGGAUUACGAGGGCAAAUAUCGGCGGGAUAUGCGACGAGUUUCCGUCUUCGAUACUGGCUCUACUGCUUACGGCGAGAACGAUGUUUCCACAUACUGGCAACAGGGUCUCCCAUAG